GCAGGGAGGGGCCAGGGCCGGAGGAGGAGCCCCGCCCGCUGCACUUAAGCACCGUGACCGGCGCUGCCCCGCGCUCGGGCAGGCCAUGGAGGUGGCACGGGAUUGCGUGGGAUCGCUGCUGCGAUCUUUCAUAUCCAUGGGAGCGUCUGUAGGAGCAGUAACCAAACAGACCCUGUUCCCUCCUCUCAUGCCUGCAGGGCGCCCUUUCCGUGUGUCCAACGCCUCCCGCAGCAGCCGGAAGGGAAUUGUCGCAAGCAGCCUGCAAGAGCUCCUCAGCAAGACUUUGGAUGCCUUUGUUAUAACUGCUGGAAUAGUUACUCUGGUUUUGGAAGAAGAUGGCACAGUUGUGGACACAGAAGAGUUCUUCAAGUCCCUGGAUGACAAUACCCACUUCAUGGUUCUAGAAAAUGGACAGAAAUGGACACCAACAAAAAAUGGAGUUGUCUCUGUGAGAAAAAAGAAGAAAAUGGGAGUAGCUAACAUCACAUUUGAUCUCUACAAACUGAACCCUAAGGAUUUUAUUGGCUGCUUGAACAUCAAGGCAACCUUCUAUGAGAUCUACUCUAUCUCAUACGACAUCAAAUGCAUGGGAGCUAAAAGUGUAUUACGGAAAGUGCUUCAGCUAAUGUCCCAUGCAGCACAAAUAACUGGACAGUUUCUGCUCUAUUCUGGAACAUACAUGUUGCAGUUGAUGGGUGAAUAUGAUGAAGAAGACAUGUGCGUGAGAUCCAGGCGGGAAUAGUGACCGCAGCUGCGCUCCUGAUGUCGAAUCCUUUUGCUCAAAGCCCUUCCCCUACCCAGCUCUGGUUGUAACAAUGUUAUAGCAGGGGGAUGUGCCCUAAUGUGAACUAACAUUUUUCCUGUUUGGGAGUGCUUGUAGGCCUUAGUCAUGAAGUGUAGGAUGUCCACAGGCUCUGAACACCACAAAAAGAUGGAUGCCUAAUGGCUGAGAAUCUGGCAGAAGGAGAGAGGGGGCAGGGUUUUGUCCCAGAAAUUCAAAAUUAGGAAUAAGUAUACUUGGAAACUUUAGUGCUUUGUAACCAUGGAAUAUUUUUUGCACCAAUCAGGACAUUAGGGAUUUUGUGUGGAUAUUUUUGUUUGUUUUGGUGUUCUGCUGUUGUUGUUUGUUUUUCAUGGCUAUCUACUUGCAUUCUGAACAGACUGGGCUGUAAGGUGAGGGCAUGGGGACUGUAGGGUUUGUUUGUUUAUUUGUUAGCUUUAAUCCUUAACAGUGCUGGCGUUAGUGUGAAGCUGACAUUGAGGUGAAGUGCACCUAUUUACUCCUGCUGACAAUGGAACCAAGCAACUUCAGUCUUACUUCAGUGACUGACUCUUCUCAUGAAGUCUAAUUGGAGAUUGUUCAACCCCUAAGCAGAAGGUUAAAAUUUAGCCUUCUGAAGUUCCCUUGAAACAAAUAAAACCUUUUCAUUAUCGUUCUUUA